AAUCAUGACAGAUAAUUGCUUACAUUUCACACCUUUGACAGCCCCAAAUCAACGUAUUUCCUUCUUCCCAUGUUUAGUCCAUUCUUCCUCUAGAAUGUCAAAGUCCUGCGUGGAUAGUCUGCUACCUGUGUACUAAUGUGAAAAAAUAGGACACCAUAAACAUAGCCUGUAAACAAUGGUAAGGGAAAGGAUGUGGAAGAAGAAAAUUGGUCAAAAAUACAAAUGCGCUCAGCAACAGCAAGGAGGGGCAUAUGUGAAGAUGCUGUGCCCCAUUUGUGUAACUGGUGUGUGGUCCCAGUGUGACUUUUGUCCACCUCCCAUCCCAUGAUCCCUCCCUUCUGCCAGCUUCAGAACUUGUUUCUGUCCUUCACCCAAAGGGUCAUCCAGAUCUUCCUUCUGAGAAAGCAGAAAUGUUGAGAGUGGGCCUUAGGUAUGCGAGAACAUAAUAUCAUGUAUCUCAGAGUCUAUCUGUUAAAUUUCCGGUUUUCUCUUCACUGCAUAGAUUAUAUUUUUUUCAGGGUGGCAUUUUCUUAGCCAGCGCCAAUCCAUUAAAUGCUAGCGGGCCACCUGGAGACUGCAGGCAUUCCAAUUUAGUAGAUGCUUACGAAGAACAUUCUGGACCCACAGGAGAGAGGAAAGAGCUGUCAGAUGCAGGGCAACAAAAGAGGAAAUGCUACACUAAAGCCAUUAAGAGGAAACUCAUUUUAAAAGUUGGGAACUGAAAAAUAUUUGAGAAUAAAAAUCUGAUUCAGUAUUGAGUAACCACAAAUACAUCCUUAAGGUUUGUCUGUAAAACAAGCCCUUUGGGAACAUUUGCUUACCCAAGGUUGCCUUGUUUCUCUUGUGGACCCCAACAUUUCAUCUCUGUAGGCCUUUAGGAUAAUUGGUCACCGUGAAUAGUGGCACUUAAAUUAAUGUGUGUAAUCUGAGAACAUCUCUGAACACACAUAUCUUUUAAUCAAAAAAAUCUUGAUUUAGCUAUUUGUGCAUAUAAAGGCAAAUAAAGGAUUUGGGUAGAUUCUUAAUCUUAAAAUGAUGCAUUUAAGUGAUUUUUGAUAUGACAGGCAACCAUGAAAAAUGCUCCUCUCAAACUUACCUUUUGGAACCUGGAUGUGACUGCUCUGCUGUCUGGAAGAAACAGCACCAGAUGCUGGUCAUAGGUUAGAGCAGUUUCCUGGUCGUGAUGCUGUUGAUGUUUGGGGCUAUAUUAUACUUUGCCAUAGGAGACUGUCCAAUGUCCAAACUUUGCCACAGGAGACUGUCCAAUGUCCGUACUUUGUCUUAGGAGACUGUCCAAUGUAGGGUUUUCAGUAGCAUCCUUGGCCUCUACCCACUAGAAAACUAAAUGUCCCCUGGAAGACAAAAUUCCUCUUCGGUUAAGAGCCCCUGGGUUAGAGCAUAUAUGACAAACACAAGCUGUUGUUUCUCAGUGGGAGACACCUGGACUCUUGAACAGAUCAUUCUGAGUAAUAUGUUACAUGUUGAGACUUGUGAGUCCUCAAGCAUUAGACCAUUUCCUUAUUUCCUUUUCUCAACAAUACAAGUAAAAUUGUGAGAUCGAGUUCUUACAAGGCAAGACAGGAAGCACUUUUCACAAGUUAACUAAUUUAUUUUCAGUGUUACCCUUGGGGGAAAGCACUUUUAUUAGUCCCUUUCCAUAGCAGAGGCACUGGAAGCACAGAGAGGUUAAGAAACAUCCUUAAGUCCAUAGUGCUGGUGGGGACAAAGAGAAGAUUUUGAAAAUUGAUUUUUCUAAUUUUAAUUUUAAUGUUUUUUAAAAGUAGGCUCCAUGCCCAGUGUGGAUCCCAGUGAGGGGUUUGAACUCACGACCCUGAGAUCCAGACCUGAGCUGAGAUCGAGAGUCAGACGCUUAACCGACUGAGCCACCCAGGAGACGAAACCAGUCUUGGAGAUACCAGCCACCCAAGCCACCCAGGGAUUCUCUGUUUCCAUAUGUCAGGAUGAUGCAAAUAUUCCUGCUCAGGAUGGAUGCUCUCAGUGCUGACAUCAACCAACUCUUCGGUCACAAGUCAGAGAAAUCUCUCUCUAAAUGAGAGUGUCAUUUCUGUGGACAGUUUGACUUGAUGAAGGUAUGGCCCUGAGUGAUUUUGAGCAGCACGAAAGAAACAUAUCUGCAGGUUGUGGGACUUACCUUCGUGUGUUCUGCUUUUGCAUUUGGGACUUUCAUUAGUCCCACCCAAGAUUGUUUAGCUCCCAACACACAAGGUCAUGUAGGUUUCAGGGAAAUGGACUAAUUUCCUGUACUUAAGUUAAAAAAAAACCUACAUAAGUGGCUAAAGUUGAACUUUCUAAUUUGUUAUAUUAAGUUAGAUAAUAUGUGUUGUAUUGGGAAUCUGAAAACUUGUUUUUUGUUUGCAUAUCUUUGUCAUAUAGAGAAAACAUUUUGCUUCUAUUCACUGCUUAUGUUAAUAACUCGAUAAUGGGAGAAGGCACCUGGAGGUACUUUAACUGGAUCCGAGUCCUGUUUUAACAAUGAGGAGUUGACAUCUGCGUCCAUGCCUCAGACACAAUCUUCCCUAUAAUUUCAGUGUCAUUCCUGAUCCUUCCUCCAUCUGUAGGGGUCUCAGUUUUUUGUUACGUGACCUAUAUUGAAGUUCACAAUAAGGUCAAGUAAUUUAUGUUUUAAAAAUUCCAUUUAGAACAAUUACAUCCAACAUAGGCACAAAAAGGAUAAUUUCCACACAAAAGGAAUUAAUACAGAUGCUAUUUCUAUUUUCUUAAUCUAUCAGCUGUCCAAAAAUGGACUCUGUCAUUGUAGAAAGCAGACAUAUUUGGAUAUCAAUUAAUUAAAUUUUAAAAUCUUAAAAACAAAGGCAACAGACUUGAGAAAUAUAUAUGCUGUUUGAUGAGUUGAAAGUCAUUAGCUGAUGUAUCCAUGAAAAUUAUUUAAGUAUUAGCAGGACUGGGUGCAGGCUGGAUCAGUGAGAUUCAAAAGGAAGUUUUGUGCUUACCGGAUGGAGGGUGAUAACACAGUGGUGGUAUUUUAUCAGUGUGAAUGAAGUCCAAGGGAGAGGGGAGGGAUUCAUAAAUACAGAAUGAAAGAAGAGGAUUUGUUCUGUGGGGUGUAAGAAAGAAGAAAAAACUAAACAUGAUGUCCUGGGAGAGAGAGAAUUGUAGUGUAUUGCUUGAGAUAAAGGAGCUUGGAUGGUGUACAGGUUGUGGAGAGAUGAGCUGAAUCAUUGGUGGGAUAUUUAGGAAUCAUUCAUUAAGCUGUUGGAGAAGCAUCUGGACUUUGCAGAGAUGUCUAGGAGAUCAUCGUGGGCUUGAGUUGGAAGAUCCUGAGUUGAAAACAAUGAUUAUAGUUUUAGACGAGUCCUCCAAGGACGAGCUGUAGAAAGAAAAGCACACAUUCUGUGCACAUAAUCUUGGAAGAUUCUCACGGUAAUGCAGCAGGAGAAUUUAAAAUACGUAUCCAAGACUACAGACAAAAAUGUUAGAUGGGGAGAAAAUCAGGACAGAAGAGCAUCACAGAGUUGAGAGUGUGAAGGAACAAAUAGUUCAAUUAUUUAAACAAUAAAGAAGUAACGUAGAAUAAAUUCCAUCAAUCUGAUGACUAGAAAGCCAUGAGUUCCAGUCCUGAAACCAAGACUACAUUGCAUGUUAACUAAAUUAAUUAAAAAAAAAAAAAAGAAAGAAAGCUAUGAGUGCCCUUCAAGAGGGCAAUAUCUAUGGAUUAGUGAAGAUGGAAGCCAGAUGUCCAUGGCUUAAAGGAUGAAUGUUAUGAGGAAAUAAACCCUGCAAUUAGACACCAAUCAUUUCAGAACUCUGGAUGUGAAAGGAAGAGAGAAUCAGAAUGAUAAUUAUGUAGCACAGAGUCUCUGCCCCAAAAUUUUUAAAAAAUUGUUUAAUGUUUAUUUAUUUUUGAGACAGAGAGAGACAGAGCAUGAGUGGAGGACGGUAGAGAGAGAGAGGGAGGGAGACACAGAAUCCGAAGCAGGCUCCAGGCUCUGAGCUGUCAGCACAGAGUCCGACCCGGGGCUCGAACUCACGAGCUGUGAGAUCAUGACCUGAGCCGAAGUUGGACACCCAACCGACUGAGCCACCCAGGCUCCCCCAAAAUUGGGUUUUUAUAAUGAUGGAAAAGGAAUUAACCAGAAGUAAGAGAAACUCUGGUUGGUAGAAAGGGGAAUUAGAGCCCAAAUGUGAUCAAUGUGAAAUGAAAGGUCGACCAACUGUCCUCAUUGACUGCUGGGCCCCUGCCUAUCCAGUCACUACUGGACUGACCGUAGAUCUUCCAAACAUUUGAGUUCACCAAUGAUCCUUUCAGUUGGCCAAAAUUUCCCACAUUUUACAAAUUAAGAAAUAUAAAGCUAAGAGAGGUCAGUAGCUUGCUCUAGCCUUCAGGAAGCAGAAGAGAACAGAUUUAAGGCAAAAACUUUCGGGCUCUACAGGUCCCACUUUCUCUAGGAUCCAACACUGUCAAUCAUUUGUCACAAGACAAGGGCUGUAGUAGAGAGCUGUGCGGGGUGGGCGAGAGGAGCAGAGUGAGUCAUGGGCUGGCUUGAUGUCCAGGCAGCUCGCACAUGCAACAGGGGUACAGUGAUGGAAAUGACAAUCUGUUUUGUGUCUGUGUCUUCUCCUUGAGCAUUCGGGGCACAAGGAAGUAUAAUACUGCCCUUGAAUUCCCAGCAUCUGGCCAAGAUGGCACUUAGAGAUAUUUGCCAAAUUAAUCAAAAACAAAUGUCUACUUCCUAUGCAGAUCUGCUAAAGAGUCACCUAAAGUUAACAGAUUUGUUUUCUCUCCCUCUUUUUAUACUAGAAAGCUAAAGCAACCAUUUCCAUACUGUCCUUUUUACUGAGACCAUACACAAGGGCCAGAGUUGUAGAAAAAUAGGAAGAGUAAGUCAGAAGGAGUGGGAAACAAAGGGUAGCAAAAUAAAAGGAAAGAAUAAGAUACAAUGACCACUCUUCUCCUUCCAAAGACCAAAGACACCAAAUUCUCAAAAGACCCAUAUUUUCCCACCUGGUAGAUUUCAGUCUACUAAAGGUGUUGCUUCCUGUUUUGUCUGAAAUCUUGGAUAGGCCAGAAGAGGCGAGCACAGCACUUGUUACUCUGUUUCUCCAGCGUGGAGCUCCUGCUACAACUUAUACUGAUAAACAGAGAAUUGCACUACUCCCAGGGAGAGGUUAUGAAGUACUUUCCCCAUAGUUAUCCACACUUGCGCUUAAACAUACUUGUAAGUUACACAACAUUGCCCAUUUGUAUGUAAGAGUUUAAAUGCCUAACUCAAUCUUAUAUCUGGUAAGUCAUGAAAACAGGUUUCAUAUUCAAGUUCUUUAAUUCCAGAUUUUUCCAUGAUGCCAGCCUUAUUUGCAGUCUGUAUCUGACUCUUCCAAAUCUUUUUUCUUUGGUAAUUUAUUUAUACAUUUCAUCAUGUUUUGUGCACCAGAUACAUGUAGGGUUGUGCUUGAAUGUUGACCCAUGCUUACCAUCAUUGCUUAUUUUACUUCCCAUGGUCAUCUACAGUUCUCACCUGCCCUGGAAACUUGGGUAAACUGGAGAGAUAUAGAACUUCCAGAAUUGCACUGCUUUCUCUCCAAACUUUACUUGACUCCCUGAGACCACAUCACAUCCUUAUGUUUCCCCUCUUAUGUAGAGUAGAUACAGGGGAUCAAGUCUAUCAACUUGGCCCAUAUCAUUGAACAUAUCUAGCUAUGGCAUAUCAUUAGGAUUGCAUUCUUUUAAGAAUAAGUUAUUCUUAUGGUUCUUUCAUUCAACAGUUUCUGUUCUCUCUGACUCUCUGCAGACUAAUAAUCUUCACAUUUUUUAAUGGAAACAAAUAACCAGACAUGGGCGAGAGAGUUUAUUCUCCUCGGCCUGUCCAGUGACUGGGACACACGGGUCUCCCUCUUUGUCCUCUUCUUGAUCAUGUACUUGGUGACAGUGCUGGGGAACUUCCUCAUUGUCCUUCUGAUCAGACUGGACAGCCGACUCCACACUCCCAUGUACUUCUUUCUCACCAACCUCUCCCUUGUUGAUGUCUCUUAUGCCACAAGUAUUGUUCCUCAGAUGCUGGCACAUUUUCUUGCAGAACAUAAAGCAAUCCCAUUUGUGAGCUGUGCAGCCCAGUUAUUUUUCUCCUUGGGCUUGGGUGGGAUUGAGUUUGUUCUACUGGCAGUGAUGGCCUACGACCGCUAUGUGGCUGUGUGCGACCCUCUGCGAUACUCGGUCAUCAUGCAUGGAGGGCUCUGUACUAGGUUGGCCAUCACAUCCUGGGUCAGUGGUUCUCUCAACUCUCUCAUGCAGACCAUCAUCACCUUUCAGCUGCCCAUGUGCACAAACAAGUAUAUUGAUCACAUAUCCUGUGAACUCCUAGCUGUGGUCAGACUGGCCUGUGUGGACACCUCCUCCAAUGAGAUCGCGAUCAUGGUUUCUAGCAUUGUCUUGCUGAUGACACCCUUCUGCCUGGUCCUCUUGUCCUACAUCCAGAUCAUCUCCACCAUCCUGAAGAUCCAGUCCAGAGAGGGAAGAAAGAAAGCCUUCCACACCUGUGCGUCUCACCUCACAGUGGUCGUCCUGUGCUAUGGCAUGACCAUUUUCACCUACAUCCAGCCCCGCUCCAGUCCUUCUAUCCUUCAGGAGAAGUUGAUUUCUGUCUUCUAUGCCAUUUUGAUGCCCGUGCUGAAUCCCAUGAUUUAUAGCAUAAGGAAUAAGGAGGUGAAGGGGGCCUGGCAGAAACUACUAGGGCAGUUAUCUGAAUUAACGUCAAAACUGGCAACUUGAUGAAUCCUGAGCAUUAGCUAGAGAAAAGAGCUUUGCCUGUGAAUUCUUUCACUUAACUAGAUAUGGCAGGCAUCACCUGCAUUGCCCUGGAAACCAGGAAGGGGAUGCUGACACAUGUACUGGUGAUGCUGGGUAGGAGGCUGGAGGGUGGGUUGGGGUGUGGUCUGUGAGUGUAUGUUUAUGUCACAACAUCAUGUUCAGUGGAGUUAAGCACUGUGGUAAUGGAACUUCCCACCCUUACUCAAUCUCCAUUCAUAUGUCCUGGCAGUAAUGAACAAAAAGUACAGUUUGCUGUUUUGAUGUGUCACACUGUUUGUAAUUGUGGACCUAUUCAUGAAUCUUACUUUGGACCAUUGGUUCUUAUUCAUUCAAAUUUUAUAUAAAGUUAUUGUGUUUUCAUUGGUAACAAGAGCAUUUUCACAUUUAAGACUCAAAUUACUGAGCAGCAUUUGUAUCUACAUUCAGUAAUUGUGUGAGUUGUUGUUCUGAAGAGAGAGAUGCUCUCAAGGCUGUUCAGAUGGCUUUGUGCUGGACCUGCUACAUGUGCUCACAGCAUCUCGUCUGCCUGAUGAAGGUACCUCAGUGGAGGAGCAUCAACUGAAGGUCUUGUUUUGCAAUGAUAGGAAUAUAACUAAAGGUAUUUAGAUGAGGCUACUACUGGCCAAGGAUACGCCACAUUUGGGGCACCACCUAAUACAGUUAGAGAAGAGUUUAACUACAUAUACGAGGGUGCCAUUUAAAUGUUAAAACCAUCCCAUUUCUGAAAUAAGUAUUAACUCUCUUCCUAGACUUUAAGCAUAGAAUUAGCACACAAAAUUUGAGAUAAUGUAUAAAUAUAAAAGAUGUAGUCAAUCUUAGAAAGGACAGAUUCCUCAGCCAAAGCCAAUGAAAGAUAAGAGAACUUUAUAUGCAUUCGUUGAAUCCAGAUACCUGUGCAGUGUUUUCCUCUAGUCUGUGUUUUGAACACUUUCUCCCAUUCCUCCUCCCCCACACGGCAGGACCCCUAGUUGGUCUUCGUAAACUAAUGAGGUGGAAUAGUCAAGGAGAGUAAGACUUUGGGGUGAGUCCAGAAGUCUUCCUAUAUGAAAGGACAAGAAAUGUUCCUUGUUUAGAUGAGGAAAGUGAGUACAAGUUACUGAAAUGAUAACAACCCAAACAGAGGGCAACCAGUGAAAAAUACAGAGCUUGACAAGAGCACAGAGUUCAAAAAUUCCCUGGAGCCGUGCUUGCAGGACAGAGAAGAUGAGGAAAUGGUGAGGAUGAAGCAGGCAUGUGAAGAAGGUUCAGAUCACAGAGGGCAUUGAAUGCCAUAUUAUAUUUUAGAUUUACUCAAUAGCAAUGUAGAGCUGGCAAAUAUUUUUAAGCAGGGAUAUGACCUGAUAAAAUUUACAUUUUAGAAUUAUUGCCAUGGCAAUGAUUCAGUGGAAGAAGAGCUUAGAGGCCAGGGGACCAGCUGGCUGACCUCUCUAGCAGUACUAUUGAGACAUUAGAGGAAUCUGAAUGAAGGAGAAAAGUAAAGCCAAGUUACAUGAUUUAAAAGAGAUUUUAGAGAGACAUUACAUCUUCUCCCAGAUUGCAAUUCCUACAUGGACCUCAUACCUCCUCUAAAAUGUCAUUAUCUUGGUCUAUUAUGUAAACCAUGGAGUAAAGUGUAACAUUUACCACCAUGGGCAGCCCUAUAUAAAAUAGUAGGAAAAGAGUUGAAGGAGAAGAAAAUUAGUCAAAAAUACGAAUAUACACAUGACACGCAAAGGAGGAAGGUAUGUGGAGAUGCUGUAUCCAGAUGCUGAAAUGUUCGGGAUGCUUCACUGUCCACCGCAGGAUCCCUGCGCCUUCCCUCUGCCUCCAUGCCUUUGCUGUCCCUCCCCCCCACCUUCAAGGGCAGCACACAGGUGACUUCUCUGAAUCUGCCUUUCUGCUUCCAGACUCAUGGUGGUUCCUCAGCUCAGCUGAGUCAGCUCAUAAGUGGUCUUUAUAUAAAUAUAUAUAAAUAUAUGUAAUAUAAUAUAUAUAAUAUAUUCAGAGCAUUUCAUCCUAAAGCAGCAGAAUACAUAUUCUUUUUGAGUGCACAUGGAACAUUCUCCACAAUAGAUCACAUACUGGGUCAUAGAUCAGGCCUCAACAAGUAUAAAAAGACUGAGAUCAUACCAUGCAUAUUUUCAGACCACAGUGUUAUGAAACUUGAAGUCAACCAUAAGAAAAAAUUUGGAAAGGCCACAAAUAUGUGGAGGUUAAAGAACAUCCUACUAAAGAAUGAAUGGGUCAACCAGGAAAUUAAAGAAGAAAUUAAAAAAUAUAUGGAAGCAAGUGAAAGUGAAAACACAACAGUCCAAAACCUUUGGAUGCGGCAAAGGCGGUAAGAAGAUGGAAGUAUAUAGCAACACAAGCCUACCUCAAGAAGCCAGAAAAGUCUUAAAUACCCACUCUCACCUUACACUUAAAGGAGCUAGAAAAGGAACAUCAAAUAAAAUCUAACACCAGCAGAGGAAGGGAAAUUACAAAGAUUAGAACAGAAAUAAAUGAUAUAGAAAAAACAAACAAACAAAAAACAGUAGAAAAGAUCAGUAAAACUAAGAGCUGGUUCUUUGAAUGAAUUAAUAAAAUUUUUCUAAAAAUAUUUUAUUUCUAAGUAAUCUCCACACCCAAUGUGGGCUCAUAAUCACAACCCUGAGGUCAAGAGCUGCAUGCUUCACUGACUGAGCCAGCCAGGUGCCCCACCAAUAAUAAGACUGAUAACUCCCUAGCCGGACUUAUCAAAAAGAAAAGAGAAAGAACCCAAAUAAAUAAAAUCACAAAUGAAAGAGCAGAGAUCAUAACCAACAUCAUGGAAAUACAAACAAUUAUAAGAAAAUGUUAUGAAAAAUUAUAUGCCAACGAACUAGGCAAUCUGGAAGAAAUGGAUACAUUCCUAGAAACAUACAAACUACCAAAACUGAAACAAGAAGAAAUACAAAAUUUGAAUAGACUGAUAACCAGUAAAGAAAUUGAAUCAGUAACCGAAAAUCUCCCAACAAACAAAAGUCCAGGUCCAGAUGACUUCCCAGGGGAAUUUUACUAGACAUUUAAAGAAUAGUUGGGUCACGUGGGUGGCUGAGUUGGGUAAGCAUCCAACUCUUGAUUUUGUCUCAGGUAGUGAUCCCAGGGUCGUGGGAUCAGGCUCUGCCUCAGGCUCUAUGCUGAGCGUGGAGCCUGCUUGAGAUUCUCUCUCUCUCUCUUUCUCUCCCUCUG